AUGGCUAAUAUUCACAUUGUGUGCAUCAUAGUACCACUAGCAAUGUCUCUAGUUUUUGUAUCCAACAAUGCACAUGCAAAAGAAUUAUACCCUAUAGCCAAUUUCUAUGCUUGUGAACGUAUAUUUGAAUACUUCACAAAUUGUUUGGGAUUCUUGGUGGGGGAUUCAAAUGCAAUUUACAAUUUUGGUAGACCCUUGAGAAGGUGUUGUCAACACAUAGACAAACUAAACAUAUUAGUCCAACAUAGGACCAGUCCCAUGUUCAUUUGUUGGUGUAUUCAAGUCAUGGUGAAGGGGACAACAAUAUCAUUGGACACUUCUAGAAUACAAGAUCUUCCUCUUAUGUGUAACACCACUCUUAGUUUUCCUAUCUCUGAUAACAUGGAUUGUUCCAAGUAA